AUGGCUUCAUCGCCAGUCGUGCUGAGUCCGCGCCCAAAUCCACCAGGCUCGCGCAAUGGGCCGCCGACGCUCAAGGCACGUGGCCUGGCGCUCCUGGGCGGCAACAGCAGCAACCAUGGCGCCUCGAGCAAGGCCAUGUCAACGCGCUCGCCGGGCACAACCACCAGUAGCCAUGGCGGGCAGGAUCUGGCCGAGCAGAUGAACGACGAGGUGCGCAGGCAGUUUGUCAGCGGGGCCAAACUGGGAGAAGGUACCUAUGCCAUUGUCACGGCAGCGCAUUACCGCCACGACCCCUCGGCCCUGGUGGCCAUCAAGAUGAUCAAGCUCAACGCCGAGUUCACCGACGGCAUCGCUCUCGACGCCAUCCGUGAGAUCAAGUUUCUCUCAGAGCUGUCUCACCCCAACAUUGUCCGCCUGCACGCCGUCUUCUCGAGCAAGGAACAGAACCUCUCUCUCGUCCUCGAAUACCUGCCGCGCGGCGAUUUGGAACAGCUAUGGAAGAAUCACGAAAUCACCUAUGGACCCGCCGACAUCAAGGCCUGGGCCAAUAUGCUAUGUCAGGGCAUCUGGUUUUGCCACGAGAACCAUGUUCUACACCGCGACAUCAAGGGGAGCAACGCUCUCAUCGCUGCCGACGGGACCGUCAAGCUUGCCGAUUUCGGUCUUGCUCGAAGCUUUGGAGAUCCCGGCGAGAAGAUGACGGCGGUGACAAUCACGCGCAUGUACCGUCCCCCAGAAUUAUUCUAUGGCUGCCGCCACUAUGGCGGCACCGUGGACAUGUGGAGUAUCGGCGUAGUCAUUGCUGAACUGGCCAUUCGAAGCUGGUUCCUAGGAUCCGACACGGAUAUCCGCCAACUCGCCGUCAUCACCGAGACAUUCGGCACUCCCACAGAGGAAACCUGGCCAGGCGUUUCCUCCCUUCCCCUCUACGUACCGCCCGGCAACAACGCCAAGCCCGCCCCCAAACUGGCCUGGUGGAAAAUGAAAUUCCCCUUGCUCGGCGACGAGGGCAUCGACCUCCUGCGCGGCUUGCUCACCAUGGAUCCUCAAAAGCGACUCACGGCCAGAAAGGCGCUCGAACACAGAUACUGGACGAGCAUGCCUCGGCCCACCAAAAAGGAAAACUUGCCAAGAGAAGGGGGUGGAGAGAAACGCAUGGCUGAGGAUCUCAAGAGGAAAGGAGGCGAGACGCCCGCAAAUGGCAGGGCGGACAAGGUUGCACGCAAGUUGGAUUUUGGAUCCCUGCAAUGA